AUGUGGUCCAGAAUAUUUCAUUUAAAGGCAUAAAACACCAUACACUGUGAAGCUUUAUUUUUUAAUGCAAUCACAAACACUUUAUGUUUUUUAACUUAUUAGCAUCCCCACUGAUUGUAUUGUUUUGCUUUAUCCACUUAAGUGCUUUAAAACAUAUUUUAUAUUAGGAUUUUUAUUUUUAUCUCCUACAGCUAGAUUUUGCUAUUUCACUUUUAUUUCACAUGCAGCUUGAAUGGGUAUGAGCACAAGCACAGCGAAAUGGUUCCAGCCAGCAAAAUGCGAUCUCCCCUGGCCCUGCCUGAAACAGAUCUGUAUAUCUGGCAAAUGGUAAUUCCCUCUGAUUCUAGCUUUUAAUGAGUUGCUUCUGCUGUUUCUGAAUAUACCUGUGUCUAUGUUUGUAUCAAAACUCUCAAAAGCACCACUUCUCAGUCUGGAUACAAUUUCCAAAAGUCUAAUUUGCUUCUGGACUUUGGUCAACCUGUGUGCCUUGUUACUUCCCUCCAGCAGUUGGUGAGUAAGGAAAUUACCCUUCAGUUUCUUCUGUUUUAUCCUCUGGCCUCUAAGGUGAUUUAAUUUUUCUAAAUAUUUUCAUUUCAUCAAGGGAUCAAUAUUCUAUGGAUUUUACAAAAAGGGUCUAAUGAAAAAGAGGAACGUUCUGUGAUUUCUCAGACUCUGGAAAUUCAUUUUGGAUGUACACAUUCCAGAAACAGAACUGGAUUAGAAGCUAAACUAAAGGAAGCCUUCUAGACAAUUCUCCUAAUCCAGUCAUUUCUUCAUUCAUACACUAAGUAAUUGAGUGCUUGCUUCCUAGGGGCCAGGCUCUGUGCUGUGUGCUAAGAGGGUGCAGAGAUACAGUAGUCAGGAUCUCUGCCCACCCCCUCACCUCACACCCUGAAGAGAGCUUAGUACUAAAAAAAGGAUAACCUUAUCUGAAUGACCAUCACCUGAAAAGACAGUGGGGACAGCAGUGAAAUGCAGGAAGUUGAGUUUUUGAAGAUGAUUUUGUGCAAUGAAGUAUAACAUUGACACAUCAUGGGCUACCUACUGUGUAACCACUAUUAACAUCAUUUUAGAAUUACACAGCUAAACAGGGAGAACACCCACAAAAAUAAAAACAAAUUUCUGCAGAAUAAGGCCCAAUAUUAUGGCCUGAAAAUAGCUAUAUACUUCUGCUAUCUAAAGAUGUACAUUGUAAAGAUGAAUCCCCAAAUUGUAAAUACAAAAAAUCACAAACAUACUUAUAAUUUUGGAAUAUCCAUGUUUUAAAGGCAAUAUUGACUUUCUAUUUCAGUGGCUUAAAAUAUAACAUUUUGGCUUAAGUGUCUUUUACAAAGAUAAUAAGACACCUAAGUCCUGAGAGAAAAUUAAGUACUGUAUAUAGGUGUACUUUGCUUCACACAAUAGUUGUGCAAAAAGUCACGUGUAAAUUGAAGUUUUGUAAGUUAAAUUGUAUUUUAAAAGCAUUAGGAGAGCUGCCAUUUAGAGGAAACUUGUGAAUCAAUCCUUUUAUAAAGCAGAAAACCAUUUUAUAAUACAAAUAGUCUGUCUAAUUUAUCUUUUUUGUAUGUUUGGAGUUUCAAUAUCGACUUUGCUUAAAACACAGCCCACCUGCAUAAUAAGAGUGUGUUUUUCCAGUGCUGCUUGUGCUACCAGUUUCUUGGUUGCUAAGGCCUUAUACUUGAAAAUCCGCUGCAGUUUUGUGUGACUGGAGCUAUGAAGCGAUUCUCUGAGGGUGCAGUAGCAUUCCUGAACAGUCCAAGUAGCCAACCCAUUUCAACUCCAUUGACUACAGGACUUUUCUGCUCCACAGCAUCUUCUCUGUCAGACGUGGCCAUGAUUCAUUAGAUGGUAGAGUGACUCCUGUAUUCACAUCCUAUAAAGUGCUUAGAGUCACAGGUUUUAUAAUAAAUAUAUGUGAUCAUGUAACCAUAUUAAACUGCAUGUGUGUUGGAAUUUUUUAGCAGUAUUUUAGCUUGAAAGUACUUGUACAAAUACUAUUAGAUUUAGUUGCAAAUAAUUGUUCUCAAGUUGCUGGAAUAAAUGGAAAAUGAAAUGCA